UAAAUCAAGUCUAGGAGCUCCAAUUGUCUGCAUGCCAAUUCAAAAACACUAUUCAAUUCAUCAUCACUCUUAGUGCAAGAGAGAAGACUGAUGACGAGCAUCAUCGAAUUCCAAACUGAAUUUGAAAUUGGCAUCGAGGAUCUGUGGAAUGCAAUAACAAAGGCUAAAUUCGAUGUUCUUCGUAAAGCAGCUCCACAUCUGCCGAUUGAUGCACAGGUUGUUGAAAGUGAUGGAGGUCCUUGUCCAGUCGUCUCUAUAACAAUUAGAUCUGCCACACCUCCUCUUUCACCUUUCAAGGAGAAAAUGGUGAAAUAUGAUGAAACCAGCCAUGCAGUGAGCUUCCAGGCGAUAGAUGGAGGGCUUUUGGAGUUAGGGUUUGCUUACUAUAACGUCUCCUUCAAGCUUGAUGACUUGGGAGAAGACAAAACCUUGACAAAGACCACCAUAAUCUACGAGAUAGUUAAAGAUUUUGAUGGCACGCAAGUUGUAAAGGAAUUCGCCAAACUCAUAGACGAGUAUAUCAAAACUGUGGUGAACUAUCUGCAACAGCAAAAGUUACAGGAAAUGAAUUCUUAGAAGACUGUUGUUGCAUGUUUUAGAACAUAGAUAUUUAGUUGUCUGCAAUUGUAGGUA